AUGCUGCGCCCAGAAAGACCAUUUCCCACUUCCUCGUCAGUAAACUUACUGUAAACUAGCUACUUUCCCAAGUUCACUACUUCAAAUCUAGAAUUGAAAUUUCCUGCGAAACUUUACGGUCGUUCUGCCGCUGUGUCGGCUCCGCGCUCGCUGUAUUGCUGGGUCAGGCGAGCUCUGCAAGCUCGAUUCUACCCUUGUGUGAUGGCGGACUACUGAGCACCGAACGCGCCGCAGUUUACAGCUUGCCAGCGGCUUGAGUUGCGAGCCCGGAGAGCCUCAGAGGAUCGCUAUUGUAAAAGAUACGGACACCACCAUUUAGCGAAAUUCGCUGUUUGUCUCGGAAUAAGGAUUCCUUUUACUUUAUUUUUAAACGUGCGACCAGUACCAUCAGCCGAGAUUUCGGAGCUUCUGGAGAAAUACGAGAAACGUUUUCCGUAUGCGCCGCAUCAUUCUGGGAGGGGACUUUCUGGACUGCCGGUUCCAGGAAGAAGAAUCCGAGAGUGCCGAGCGAGGAGGGGAGUUGUCGCGUCGCCAGACGCCGAAAACCAGAUUAAAGAGGAGCGGCGUGAGAGAGGGAUGAGCGCGCAGGAGGUUCCCGCCACGGGGGCGGAGUCGGGGGACUCGACGAUGAAGAGGGAGCCGAGCUCCAGCAACGGGCCGGCCCCCGAGAGCAGCUCGCCGGCCGAGAUCUGCGUCAUCAUCGGCGAGUCGCACAACGCCCAGACGCCGGGGUCGUACGUGUGCGGGAUCUGCGGCAAAAAAUACAAGUACUACAACUGUUUCCAAACCCACGUCAGAGGACACAGAGAGUCUGAUGGCGGUUCAGGAGAGGGAGGGUCCCAGUCAACAAUCAAUAACUUCCGCUAUACCUGUGACAUCUGUGGGAAGAAGUACAAGUACUACAGCUGCUUCCAGGAGCAUCGCGAUCUUCACUCCGUCGACGACCCCUACGACCAGGUGGUCAUACCUGUGGACGACUCAAAAGAGGAGGAGCCUAUUGAGCCCUUCCUGAAAAUUGGACCAAAGACGGGUAUUUACGUCUGUGAGUUCUGCGGGAAGCAGUACAAGUACUUCAACCCCUACCAGGAACACGUGGCCCUGCACGCCCCCUUAAGUCACUCCUUUGAGAUGCAGUCCCCUCGAGCUCCGCAGCGUUUGAAGGACUCCAGGAAGCAUGGAAACAUGAAAUCUGACCAAAUAGAGAGCCCUUUCAGCCGCAAGAUGGAGAAGAAAUCGCAAAGCACCCUGGGAGAGACCAACAGCUCACAGAACUCCAGCGGUGCCAUGUGCCCCCUGGUGUCUAGCUCCUUCCCGCCUCCGCAGACGGACAGCGAAAACCACUCCCCGGCGGGGACCGCCAAAUCUCCCCCCGCCCCCGCCCCCGCGGCCCAGGAGCAGUCGUGGAAGUCUCCGCCCACCUCGCAGAGGAACAGCGCCUCUAACCUCAGCAGCGCCCUGCCGGAGAAGGAGCGGCAGCAGUUGGCGGAGCGGCUGCUGCGGGCGAUGUGCGCGGACCUGGGCGCUCUGAGCGUCCUGGGCGGGGAGGACUUCCUGCGGCUGGCGCAGACGCUGGUGGACACGGGGGCGCGGCACGGCGCCUACCCGCUGGGCGAGGCCCUCGGGGGCGGGGACGCCGGCUCGCUGGCACUGCGCCAGCUGCCCCGCUCCUACAACCAGGCCAAGGUGAAGGUGACCUGCGCCCUGGGGGGCGGCUCCGCCCCCGGCAUGGCGGUCAGCUGCCACGCCCACACGGGCGGCGCCCGGCCCUGCUACCUGCUCUGCGCCCACCAGGUGGAGGGGGCGCGGCUGCGCCGGUACGUGCUGGGGGCGCGGGAGCUGGACCCGGGGGAGGGGGAGGGGGAGGCGGACGCGGACGGGGACGAGCAGCUGCAGCAGUGGGCCCAGAACGUCCUGUCGGAGUUCGUGAUGCCGGAGGCGCGGGCCACGUACGUGACGGAGCCCCGGGGGGCGGGGCUGGGGGCGGGGCGGGUGGGGCUGGGGGCGGGGCCGAGCCUGUGCUGCGCCGGCUGCCAGCUGGGGGCCGCCGCCCGGGCCGCGCUGGCCAGGAAGAGCCUGCAGGCGCGGGGGCUGGGCGAGAUCGCCGACCUGCUGGACACCUGCCGCCACCUCGCCGCCGCCGCCGGGCUCCCCUGGGACGGGCCCGAGGACCAGGCCCCGCCCCCGCAGGCCCCGCCCCCGGCCCCGGUCCCGCCCUGCUGGGACCCCACCGCCGAGACGCUGCUGACGGUGCACGGGCACCUGGAGCGGAUCCGCCGGGCCCUGGGGAAGAGCCCCGCCGUGGCGCCCCUCCUGCAGGGCCUCAGCAAGCCUCUGCUGGGGGCGCUGGCCUCCCUGCUGGCCCCCCUCCGCCAGGCCGCCGCCGAGCUCAGCUCGGACCGCCGGCCCACGCUGCAGCUGGUGCUGCCCGCCUACCUGCGUCUGGAGAAGCACUACACCGCCAAGGCGGGCGAGGCGGGCGCCGCCGGGAAGCUCUGCCACGGCCUGCUGGAGGCGCUCAGGGAGAACUUCGCGGUGGAGCACACCCACCAGGUCGCCAUGGCGCUGGACCCGGGGCUCAAGCUCCGGCCCGCCCCCGCCCACCAGCACGACGACAUCGCCGCCCGGGUGGCCGAGGCGGCGGCCGAGAUGGGGGAGGGCGAGGACGAGCGGGCGGACGGGGAGGCGGAGCCCCCCCCGGGGAAGAGGGGCCGGCGGGAGGCGGGGCCGGGGGCGGGGCUCGGGGAGGCCAGGAAGGAGGUGUUCCGGUACCUGGCGGAGGCCGCGCCCCCGGCAGCGAGCAGCCCGCUGCAGUACUGGCGCGCGGCGGCGGAGCGCUACCCGCGGCUGGCGCGCCUGGCGCUCUGGCUGCUGGCCGUGCCCGCCGUGGCCGCCCGCCCCGAGCUGGCCGCCGCGUGCCGGCAGGCCGUGGCCAUGAGGGGGCAGCAGCGCCUCACCGCCGACCAGAUGAACAAGCUCAUCUUCCUCAAGUCCAACACGGCCUGAGGGCCCCCGCCUCACGCACCCGCCAAAACGCCCCCGGGGCCGGCCUCGUCCCGGGACCGCCUCGGCCCGGCUCCAAGGAGACGCCCCUGCGCCACGGCCGUUUCCUUCUGAGGAGCCGCCCGGUGUCGGACCCUGUCAUGUGUUUUUAUUAUUUUUGGGAGACUGUUCAAAGACGACUCUUGUCCGGUCUUUACGAUAACGGUAUUUUUUUGUAACCGUACUCCUGAUGCCUGUAGAGGUUGUUUUGUUUUUUGUUUGUAAACGAUUAAACUUUGAAAAUGGCAAAAGCAGUCGAACGCCAGGAGCGCCCACCUCUGGCCUCGACUGCUUCUCUUUAGUUUUAUUUUCUGCCGUUUGACUGUAAUAAUUUAUACACGCAAAAAUGACUUGAAGAUUGUAGAUGGCUCACGGAGUGACGCUGCGGUCGUGGGUGACGGUCAGGUUUUUGGAGGGGUUUGUGCGCUCGUGAGCUGAGCCCGGUUGCCUCCCGGGCUCAGCGAGUUUUCCCGCUCUUUCUGACGCCCAUUCUUGAGCGAACUUAUCCUAGACCUCCAAUGCUAGACUUCUAUCUUUAUCCUCAGAGUUAGUUUUAAUUUUUUAUUUUUUUAGUUUUCUUUACCUCACUUUCACGCGACUUCUUAGCAAUUUUUUCGAUUAGUCUUCCUCUCCGGUCACCGCAUCAAGUUCGACUUUAAACCUACGGCUAGGUGUGUAUUUAGAGCAACAUAACUUUUGAAAAUGUUUGUUUAGCGUGCUUAUACACAGUAGCAAAGUAUUCCAAAGAAACGUGCAGGUGUGUGGCUGGUCUCUCUCAGGCCAGGUGGUUAGACUCGCACUGGAUUCUGUCAGUAGCUGCCCUGUUUUUUUCCGUUGUGUUACUCGGUCUGCGUUCGACGGCCAAUCAGAGCCGUGGGUUUAUUUCCACGGGGAGUGGCGAUUCAGUCUAACCCCAACGCGCUUUGCCCUUGGUUUAUAGAGUGGGAGUGGCCGAUUCUGGGUCUGGAGGGGCCGGUGUGAAUCGCA